AUGCCACUGUCGAAUCCCUGGACUUGGGUCAACUUGACAAACAUGGUCUGGAUUGAUCAGCCUGUUGGAACUGGAUUCUCGCAGGGCACACCGAAUGCCACUUCAUCUGAAGAUGCUGCUGUGCAGUUUCUCUCGUUUUGGAAGAACUUUGUGGACCUUUUUGGGUUACAUGGCCGCAAGGUCUUCAUCACUGGCGAGAGCUUUGCCGGACAAUACGUUCCGUACAUUGCCGCAGCUAUGCUUGACCAAAACGACAAGUCUUACUUCAACGUUUCUGGAAUCAUGAUUUACGAUCCCAGUUUCGGAUGGCCACAAAUAUCCAAACAGGUCCCUAUUGUAGCGUUCACUGACGCUCAUCAGCAGAGCUUCCCAUUCAACGAAACUUUCAAGAAAGAAAUCCACGAGAGAAGCUCUUCAUGCGGCUACGACUCCUUCCUGUCAGAGGGUCUCUCAUUCCCACCGACCGGCCCGCUGCCAUCUCCCCCAGGCCUCGACUCCAACGGAACAGUCACGCAAGAAUGCGACUUACUCUCCUCAAUCUACACCGCCGCAGUAGCCCUCAACCCCUGCUUCAACAUCUACGAAGCCGGCUCGCUCUGCCCCAUCGCAUGGGACGUCCUCGGCACCACCACCACCAACCCAGCCUCCUCCUCCUCUCACGUGCCCGCCGACACCUUCGUCGUCGCAGAGCCAUACUUCAACCGCACCUCCGUCAAAGCCGCCAUCCACGCGCCCCUCGACAGCACCUGGCACCUCUGCACGCCGACCCCCGUCAUCGCCAACUUCACCGACCUUUCCCCGCCGUCCGGCCUGACUGGCGGCCCGCUGCAGCGCGUCGUCGAGGCCACGCGCAACGUCGUCGUCGCCCACGGCGCGCGCGACAUGGUCCUGCUGAGCGCCGGCUCGCUGCUCACGCUGCAGAACCUGACGUGGGACGGCGCGCAGGGCUUCGGCGCGGCGCCGACGGCGUCGUUCUACGUCCCGAGUGCCCGGGGCGCCGGGAAGGCGGCGGGGGCGGGCGUGCUGGGCCGCUGGGUCUCGGAGCGCGGGAUGACGUUCUGCACGGUGGAGCUGAGCGGGCACGAGGUGCCGGCGUAUCAGCCCGCCGCUGCGUUUAGGCAGCUGGAGUUCUUGCUGGGGCGGAUUGACGACCUCAGCGCUACGACGGGGUUUUCGACGGAGAUGGGGGCGGAGGAGUUGGGGCUUGUAGAGGCGGACUGCUAUUGA